AUGUCUCCCGACGACAUUUCUGAUCUAUCUUCCCCUCUGAGCUCCCCUCCCAGUUCGCCUUUAUCAUCCCCUCCGAGUUCGCCAAUUUUACCACCUGGAUGGCAAACCUCCGUUCUUACGCCCCCACCUUCUCAACAUGCUGGCGACGACAUGCCUCCUCCACGCAAGCGCCGGAAGAUCGGUCCCAAAAUACGCACAACACAACAUCUCGAUCUCAUCUCUGACUCCGCCCAAUCCGAAUACGAUCGUGCUGAGGCAUUGGAUACACUACUCAAAGCACUGAGAACUCGUCGGAAAAUUGUGGUCAUCGCAGGGGCUGGGAUUUCUGUUUCAGCUGGAAUUCCCGACUUUCGAUCUUCCGAUGGCCUUUUCACAAGCUUGCGCGGCGAACACAAACUGAAAAGCUCGGGCAAAGAGCUCUUUGAUGCAUCGGUAUACAAGGACGAUCAUUCCACUUCAAGCUUUCAUGAUAUGGUCCGCAAGCUCUCCAAGCUCUCGGAAAACGCCAAACCCACUGCCUUCCAUCGAUUCCUCGCCCGUCUGUCGACCGAAGGCCGACUGUUGCGCUUGUACACUCAGAAUGUUGACGGCCUAGAGAGCUCGUUGCCGCCUCUCGCCACUCAAGUACCCUUGAAUCACAAAGCACCAUGGCCACAAACCAUUCAACUGCAUGGAGGACUCGAGAAAAUGAUGUGUCAAAAGUGUCGACACAUUUCCGACUUUCAAGCCCAUAUUUUUCAGGGUCCUACCCCUCCAUUAUGUCCUCAGUGUGUAGCUGCAGAUACACUUCGAACCGCUCACGCCGGAAAGCGAAGCCAUGGAGUCGGGCGAUUACGACCGAGAAUUGUUCUCUACAACGAGCAUAAUCCGGACGAUGAAGCAAUUGGGGCAGUCACCACAGCGGAUUUUCGAACCAGGCCAGAUGCGGUCGUGGUAGUUGGAACGAGCAUGAAAAUUCCUGCCGUUCGACGAAUUGUCCAUGAAAUGUGUCAGAUAGUUCGAGAUCGGCGAGAUGGAACUACAAUCUGGAUCAAUCGCGACCCAGUGCCUCCAGGUAAAGACCUUGAGAAUCUAUGGGAUCUGGUUGUGAAAGCCGACUGUGACGAGGUGGCUCAUCAAGCUGGAUUACGCGAAUGGGAUGACGAAAGACCCGACAUCAAGGAGAGUUAUACGGCGGAAGAUCUUGAGAAGGUCAGGUCUUCUCAAGGAGAUAUCGAAAUAGAAAUUCCGCCAUCACCCACAAAGAUCGAGAGGCCUGUGAACCGAUUACUACCUUCUCCUGUGAUUCAUACCAUGACCCCUCCACGCAGUCAAAAUGGAGAUGUUCCUCGAACUCCUUCGAAGACGCCUCGUUCUGCAAGUGGUUCACCUCUGAAGAUUAAAUUGAAUGUUACCUCGCGGAGUGUUAAGAUCGACAAAGCGAGAAAACAACUCAAGAACGCUGCAAGCGCUGGAAAGAAGAUUGCCGAUGUUCUUGGAAAGGAGAACCAGAGCAAAGCUUCUCUAAAGUCUAAGACAUCACUCAAUCGGAGACCGAAAAUCUCCAAGAUUCGUGGACCAGGCGAUUCUCAAAAUCAAACACGUCUCACAAAAACGCACAAGGUUACAAAGUCCAUCGUGACGGGCGUUGUAAUUUCCAAGAAACAACCUCCUGUGCCACUAUCGCCUCGCCGACAUUCAAACGAGACCAUUCAUCCAACUGAAAAAUCGGAGUAUUCGAGUGUAGAGGUCAGUCCGGCACCAGAAACGCCUCCCCCUAUGGAGACUUAUGAGUGGCGUGGUUCAACAACCAUCUCCCCAAGCGGAACAGUACCAAGGGAUAUGGUUAAGCUCUUGAAUUGA